CAGACAUCGUUAUUUUCUAUUCUCCAAAACCUUCUAUAAUUAAUAAUUUCCUCUUAUCAUAUUAUUCCAAGAAACAGUUUGUGCAAGUCAGCCAUUUUGCCUUGGAAGGCCCCUCUGGAGUAGCAGCAGAAACCAUGUCAAUAGCUAGGUCUCGGGAAACCAUUGCUCAAUGUGUUUCUGAUGCACAAUCAGACUCUAUUGAGGUUCAACAGAAAGCUCUGCACACCCUAGCUUCCAUGACCAAGGUCAGUCCUCACAACAGGAGCUUGGUUGCACAGACAGAUGGCGCCAUAUCUGCCUUUCUCAUGCUCACCGAAUCUUCAUCUCCCAUCAUUGAAACUCUUGCGCUAGCCAUCCUCUUCAACCUCUCUCUAAAUCCUGAUCUAAAGCAGUCUCUUGCUGACAUGGAUACUAUUAAUCUCCUCAAUUCAGUAAUCGUCUCCUCAAGAUCGCUACAAUCAAGCAGGUUGGCUUCCUCUUUAGUCUGCAGUUUGGCAAUGCUGGACAAGAACAAGGCUAAAUUUGGGGUUGCAGGUACUAUCCAGAUUCUGGUCGAUGCUGUUUCAGGACCUCGAGGUCCUGCUACUCACCAUCUCCUCAGUUCAUUAGCUGAACUCGUACAGUUUCACGGGAAUUGCACAGUAGCCGUCCGUUCGGGAGCUGUGGAGGUACUUAUCAGGAUAGUGGAGAGCACCGGCGGCGAAGAUCUAGCAGGAACAUCGCUUGCUAUUUUGGGACUCCUAGCAAGGUUCGAAGAGGGGCUGAAUGCCUUAAUAAGAAGCGACCAUAUCGUGAGUUGCAUGGCGGAUGUGUUAAAAGGAAGGUGCAUGCUGGGCAAAGAAGGGGCAGCUGAGAUACUGGUUCGUCUAUUCGAUGAAAGCGAGGAUUGUGUUAGAGAUGCUUUGGAGCUGCCAGAAUUCUCAACUGUUCUUGCUGAUAUUUCAGUUAGAGGAUCAUCAAGGGCUAGAGAGAAAGCUGCGCAGCUCAUGAAGAAGAUGACAGAGGCUAGCUUGGAUCCUUAUUUUGAUACAAAUUCUAUGUUUAUACAAUGGUACUAGAGCAUAUUACCUUUCUUAGCUUUCAGUUAUUGUUUAUUUACAUUGCCAAAACUAAGAGAUGG